GCUAGAUGAUUUUACAUGAUCUAAUUCAGCGAUUGAUGCCCGUAAGGCACUCAAGUGUAUAUAUAGCAGCUUCCUUCUAUUUACCUUCCCUCUGUGGACCAUCUCCAAUUUAUUCUCUCUCUAUCUUGUUUCCAUACAGUUUGUAUGUUGCAUCCCCAUUAGAUGGUAAGCUACUUGAGAAAAGAGCCUGCCUUUUGUCUUUCUUUUUUUCCAUCCUCAGCACUUAGCACAGAACCUGGCCCACAGUAGGUGCUUAACGAAUGCUAAUUGAUUGUUUGCUGGGAAAAAAGGGUUGUGGCUUUUCUUGCAUAAUACUAAAUAGUUUUCUAGGAUGGCUAGAUCAAUGAACGGUUCCACCAUGGUCACGAAGAGUCGGAUAAGACUGAAACACCAGCAAAACUGAUUUAGAGUUUGAUCAAGGUGAAGUAAUCUCCGCUUUUUAACAACACUAAUUUUGGGAGGGGGUAGGGAAAGGACCGGAGUUAGGGGAAACGUGCAGAGGGCGACCGAGGGAGAGGACUGCGGCCACAGGUGGGCAAGGAAAGCAGAGGGGAUGGAGCCAGACGCCAGGACGCCGGGCGGGACUCUCUGGUAACCAAGGUUACCGAGCGCUCCAAGGGAGAACUGGGGAGAGGAGGAAGCGAGGGGGAGGGGCAAGGAAAGGGGGGCAACCCCUCCCAACCCCGGAGUCUGAGAGGAGACAGCAGCAGGUGGAGCGACUUCCGCUGCGGGAAGUAGUCCCCGCUUGGAGGUUGGAGUCGUCGUGAACCGGAAGUAUAAAUCAUGCUGGGCUCUGGGUUCAAGGCUGAGCGCUUAAGAGUCAACUUGCGUCUGGUCAUAAAUCGCCUUAAGCUGUUGGAAAAAAAGAAAACGGAACUAGCCCAGAAAGCGAGGAAGGAGAUUGCAGAUUAUCUAGCAGCUGGGAAAGAUGAACGGGCUCGGAUCCGUGUGGAGCAUAUCAUUCGAGAAGACUACCUUGUGGAAGCCAUGGAGAUACUAGAACUCUACUGUGACCUGCUCUUAGCCCGAUUUGGCCUGAUCCAGUCCAUGAAAGAACUUGAUUCUGGUCUGGCCGAAUCUGUGUCCACAUUGAUCUGGGCUGCUCCUCGACUCCAGUCUGAAGUAGCUGAGUUGAAAAUAGUUGCGGAUCAGCUUUGUGCCAAGUAUAGCAAGGAAUAUGGCAAGCUAUGUAGGACCAACCAGAUUGGAACUGUGAAUGACAGGCUAAUGCACAAAUUGAGUGUGGAGGCUCCACCCAAAAUUCUGGUCGAGAGAUACUUGAUUGAAAUAGCCAAAAAUUACAAUGUUCCUUACGAACCUGACUCCGUUGUCAUGGCAGAAGCUCCUCCUGGAGUUGACACAGAUCUUAUUGAUGUUGGAUUCACAGACGAUGUGAAAAAAGGUGGGCAUGGAAGAGGAGGAGGUGGUGGUGGAUUCACAGCACCUGUUGGUCCUGAUGGAACGGUGCCCAUGCCUGUGCCCAUGCCUAUGCCCAUGCCCAUGCCAUCGCCAGGUUCUCCUUUCUCAUAUCCACCUCCAAAGGGACCUUCGGACUUCAAUGGAUUGCCAGUUGGGACUUAUCAGCCCUUUUCCAAUAUCCAUCCACCUCAGAUACCAGCAACUCCCCCAACAUAUGAAUCUAUUGAUGAUAUUAAUGCUGAUAAGAAUGUUCGCUCUGCACAGGUUGUUGGUCCUGGCCCCAAGCCAGAAGCUCCUGCAAGACCCACCUUGAAAACUACAGAUACCUUUGACAACUUUGUUUUGCCUGAAUUGCCAUCUGUCCCCGAUACACUACCGACCACAUCUGCUGGUGCCAACACCUCAGCAUCUGAGGAUAUUGACUUUGACGACCUCUCCCGGAGAUUUGAAGAGCUAAAAAAGAAAACAUAGACCUUUUUUGGCUGUACCACUCCAGGAUUUGGGAGUUGGGACUGAGCAGCACUCUUCUGGUAAUGAAGAUUCCCAUAGAAUUCUGUUUCCUGUAUUAACGAAUGCUCUCUUCCUCUUGAACUCUCUUCCUGCUGUACCAAAUUCUGCUGCUUUCCAGCUCUUCAUGACUUCAGGAGGCUAACUACUGGGGAUCCUACAAGAACACCAGAGGAACGACUCCUGCAGGUGUGGGUUGUUCCUUCAAAUACACUUUUUCCAUCCCGUUAGUGUGAUUGCAGAUUUUGUCCUUGGCUAUUAUGAAGCAACUCCACAGGGGGGGAAAAAAGGCAAGGGAAAACGCUGUGGGAGAGUCAAGGUUUGCUGGACCAUGGGGAAGAGGGGAAGAGGAGGCUUUUCAUCCCUAGGCCUAGGGCCCAAACUCAGAAAGCCCUUUGUAGAGGGGCAUUUCUGUGGGUGAGAAUUAGGGGCGAGGUGAGUAUUUCUCACUCCCCCAGACAGAAAUGGAAGAGAAGACAUGGGAAUUACAGCAAUAGUUGCUGGAAGCUGGGCAGUUUCAUCGCAUGUAUGCUGCUCCUGGCUGCAGGAUGCUCUUGCACCGGGAUCCAGUUGUAAAGGUUUUCUGGAAAGUUGAUGGCCUCUCUUAGUUCUGCUGGAUUCUCAGGGAGCCCUCCGUGGCCUUUACCACUUGAGUUCGAGUGCUGAGUUUCUCUUUCAUGAGGAAUCAGUGCUACGGUUUCCUUCUUUUCCCCAUAGCAUAUUCUGUUGAAAGUCGUUUGUCUUUUCUUCUUGAGUGUACCACUGGCACCUGAAUGACAGUUUAUAGGUGAGGCAGAAAAUGCCUCUUCAAGGGUUCUGGCUGCCUUAAUACAAGCAUUCGACUGCGAAUAAGAGGGUAAUCUGUUUUUAUUUGAAUACUUUUAAGAUGAUGUGGAACCUUAAAAAAUUUAGUCAAAGAAAACUUGGUUGGUGCCCACAUGAGUGUCAUUGUUCUCUGCUUUCCCUGGUUAGAUGGAUGAAGAUUGACAUCCUUAUUCUUAACUUCUCCUUGGUCCUUUUAGCCAGUGCCACUCUCCCUAGGGGGAAGGCCUUCUGUAUCAGUAAUGUGACUGGUCUUCUUUUCUGUGUAACAUAUCUGUACAGCAGUUUCAAAUAGCUUUUCUUUAAUUUUUGGAUUGAUUGUAUCGUGGAGAUUAGUAGCUCCUAAUAAAGAUGAAGAUUCAAUGCCCUGUUUUGCUACCACUUGGCUAGAAAGCAAAGGUAUCAAUAAGGGGCAUUGGGAAUGGAGAGCCUUAGUGACUGUAAAUAAAGGGUUGUCUGAACAAGCGACCUGUGGAAGCACACCAGACAGUCUUAAUGCCAGUCCUGCAAAUCUUUAGCUUUUAAUUACUUUAAAUGUUUAAAUUAAAUAGUUUGGGGUUGUAUUUAAUGACAGAUAACGACUUUUGAGUUAUUUCCUCGGUUCAUAAUAAACUGAACCUCUUGUUAGUGCCUUUGUCUUGCAGAAAAAAAUGUUUGAUAAGAUCAGUUCUCUUGCACACAUUGCACGGAACUUGGCUUCAUCCUGACUUAUUUACCACCACAGUCAACUUUGUAAAUGUGGGCAAGUAGGAUUCUAAACUAGCCAUGCAGAGAGAGUGCUGGGUGCUUCUGCUUACCUUCUCUACCUCAUUGGCAGUGGGACUGACAGUACUCUGAGAUGGGUCUGUCCAGGGCCUUUGCUCGUAUGUACCUCAGCCAUGACAGGACCCCGGAGAAUGCCCGACUCUGUGUAAACAGAACAUACUGCUGAGGUGAUUUUAAUUCUUCGUUGAAUCUUACAGAGUUAGGUUUAAAAUAAGAAUAGGUACAUGCAUCUGGCAUUCCCCAGGCCGUGCAUGCCAUGCAAAAAUAAAUACCACUGGGAUGUUUAAUAUUCAUCAGCCCUGAUAGGAAAGCCAAGAAUAGGGAAUGAGAAAGUCAGGCUGGUUCAUUCUCCGAAGCUUCCAUAUUGGUGCCUGCUUCUGUUGGCUCUGGCAGUGCUGCCUUUUGAGGCCUCCGUAUUCCUAACAAGUUGGAGAGUUUUUGCAGCAGAAUUUCUGCAAGUGUUGCUUCUUUCUGUGCCUAGUUGUGGAGGAAAGGAGGGUCAAAGUGAGACAAAACUUGAAACAGUUGCUAGAGGCAGAGCAAAAGGGACAGUGCAGAUGCAGAACUGUUAUCUUAAUUUGUUACCAGAAAGAUAAUUACUACUGUUAUUUAAUGUUGAAUGCCAGCAAUGUGCUAGGGACUAUAUGAAGAACAUAGAAUUUAGUGUCAUUCUGCAAAUAGGAAAGUGGUUCAUCGAACUCUCCGUAGAAUAGUAAAGGAGGAUGGUGGUGCUAAGUAUGCUGCAUUCGUUCUUUGCUUUAGUGACGCUGAGUCUUCAUACAGCUGAUGCUUAACUCACUGAACUGGGGAGUUACCUACCAUGACGGACUUUCUCUCCUUGCAGAAGGUCAGCAUAAUUGCAGAAGCGAAAAGGUUAAUGAUCACAAGCACUAACAAAAUGACACUGGUGAUGAUCAGAAAGGAGCCCAGGACUGGGUCUAAGUUGACAACCUAGAAAGGUAAUAGAAGCAAGCCCUGAGCAAUAUGUGUAAAUACUGAUGGAAUUUUACUUCUGGUUCCAGAAAACAUUCGUGAAAAGCAUCUGUAAGUUUAGAAAAGAAGAAUUAUUAUUACUGGAAGGUGUUAGAGUACAAUGGUUGAUUUAUUUAAGGGUGUAAUGCCAUUAUAUGCUUUAUUUAACAUAAAGGAAUGGAUGAAUUAUAAUAAAACUGUAAAUUACUUAGCUUCCCUUUUUUUAUGUAGGUGACCUUAGAAAAAAUGUAUCCAAACUCUCUGGGAGAGCAUAUACAUGUUCAUUUUUGAAGAAUAAUAGGAUCACUUUUAAUAAAUACAUAAACACUAGAAAUAAAACUGUCCAUAACACACCCAGAAACCUAUAACUUAAAUAAAAAUGUAACAGGUUUCCAAAGGAUGACUGUAUAGCCUUUUAUCUUAGCAUGGUUCUUUUACUUCCUUCUGGAAUUGUUUUCCUUCUCACAGAAAAAUACUUGGUUCUGUGUCAUUCUUCAGUUUUCAGGAUUGAAAUCAUCCGUUUCUCUGAUUCAGAAGCUGACUAGAGCCACAUGCAUAGCAUUCUUCUCUUUAUUUAAUUCCACUUCCUUUGACCAUGGAGGUGCUGUUUUCCCUUGCUUUUUGGCCUAUUGAAUACUACUUCUCUACUGCUUUUUCUAAGGUUGCUAGGGUAUUAAAAAUGCCAUUAGACUGCAGAGCAAAUCCCAGUGUUUUUUCAAAAGCAUUGGUUACAGCAAAGGUCCAGGACAGCCAAAGGCGCAGUUAGUUGUAGUAGGAUUUUAUGUGUAUCUCUAGCUAAGGAGAUUUACAAAUGAUCGUUAGUCUUAUUUCCCCUUCAAGUUGCAAAGUUCUAAAGGAUUUAAAAAUGAAUUUGAAAGAGCCAGAAACAGAUGUCAGGACAAUAUGAAUGUGGCAAAAUCCCCGUUCUUAUCGAAUUGCUUAAGAGUUUGAGAGAUCUGAAACAUUCCCAGAGGCAGCUGCAUUCUAGCAGCUAGACGUCUCCCUGGAUUUUGAGGUGAUGCCAUCUUCCGAGAUCAAAGAUGUAUGUCAUCCUUAUACCUUCUAACAGUGUCUUGAAUGUUUAUACUCUGAGAGUUAAAGGGGUUUCUCUAAUUUGAAUUGAACUUUAAUCUUUAAUUUAGUUUCUUAACAGUGUAUAAGAAACACAAGUGUUUGGCUUUUCACCUUUCCUGAAGAUAAUUCAUGUUUCCCUGAAGUGAGGAUUUGCCAAUGACAAUAAAGAAAUACUGCAGUUCUUCCUAGAGUUGUGUUUAAUGGUACUCUUGUGCCUCUUGAUAAUUUUUAGGUUUUUCCUAAAAAAAGUUGCACGUUUUCAAAGAGACAUUGAGAAAGGACUCAACUCCUUAGUGUCACCUUUGCUAGGUGGUUAAUGAACAUGGGAUUUAGGUUUGUGUCUCAGUUUGAGAACAAUGUCCUUUGAGAACUAAUUGUGACAAGGACGAAAAGUAACAGGUAAAAAUGGGUCCUGUAAGAGUAAAGAUUUCUAAAAGGAAUAACCAACCACUUAGGAUCUGGCCAUUGUGAGCACUAUAAGAAGCAAUAGCAGAGGAUCUCAGUUUCCCAUCCCAGGCUUAAGGGAAGUCUCUCCAUUGGGAGCUCCUCGUUAGAGGCAUGUAUUAAACCAAAUGGAUUUAGGGAUUAUAUAGCAAGGGUUCUCACCUUGUGGUAAUCAGAGAUCCCCAUCAGAAGACCAACAAUAGUUACAGCUGAGUUGAAAAAGGUUCUGUAGUCAGAGAUGCUCCAUCCAAAAAGAAUGUUGAACUGUGUAAGGGAAAAAGCCAGUGAGAGCAGGAGUGGCCCUCAAGUGGCAAUUUCUGUGCACUUGGAGGACCAGCUGUGGGAGAUGGUCAUAGCAGCUUAGAUUUAGGCCAUCUGCUCCAGCCCCUUCACUUUACUGUUGAGGAAACUUGCCUGAAUCACACAAGUAUGAGAGCCUUAAUAAUGAUGAUAGUGUAUGUCUAUGUAGCAACUGCUAUGUGCCAGGCACUGUUGUAAGCACUUUGUAAGCUCUUUAGAAUAACCCUGUGAAGUAGGUGCUGCUGUCAUUCCUGUUUUACAUUUGGAAGAACUGAGGCUGACUGAGGGUCAGUGACUGGCCUGGGGUCAAACAACUAGUAAUGACCUGAGACCACAUUUGACCUUGGGUUUUCCUGACCCUAGGCCUCCUGAUAGACAUCUACUUUGUCACCUCGAGGCUUCCAGGGUGCUUGUUAUGAAAGGCUGUUCAAAAAUGUGCCUAGGUCACUUACUCUGGAGUUGGAGGACCUCCUUUCAAACCUACCUCCAGUGUUGUUGACUUUGGGUAAAUACUAACCCUCUCUGGGCCUCAGUUUCCUCAUCUGAAAAAUGUGGGGCUGGACCAGAAGGCUCCCGAGGUCCUUUUCAGCUCUAGGUCCCACAGUACGACCCCAUGAAUCCCUUGUACUCAAUAGCACUUAAUACCUUGCACAGCACUCUCAUAUCCAUUAACCUUGAUCCUUGGUAUCUUAGUGCCGUAGGUGUGAUUUUCUCCAUUUUACAGGUGAGAAAAUUAAUGUGGAGGAAAGUAAAGUGAAAAUAGUGCUAGUUAGUGACAGCUUUGGCUGAAACCUGGUCUUGUGAUUCUAAGUUGAGUACUUUCCCUACCAUGCCAUCCUGACAUCUUUGACUUAAGGGUUUUAGGCACUGUUUGCCCAAGGUUACACUCUUGUCAGCGUGUCAGGAGGGAAACAUAUCAGUGGCUUACAGCGAUGGAGUGGCUUGUCAGCAGGAUCAGAAUGAUCAGCAAGAAGCCAGCCACUUCAUCCCGAGCUCUCUUCAGUGUUGUGCUGAUAGUCUGGAGUCUGGGAUUGAGCUGUAGCAGGCUUCAGAGCCCGGUGGUUGUCAGCAAGACCAGGAAGCCGAGGAGGUAAAUGAGAGCACAGGUCACUUGGACAACUUCGUGGAAGCUGAUAGAUCUAUCAAGGAAGUCUGGCCGUUAGUCGUCACCACUAUGAAUCAACACUUCCAUUUCCUUGGCAAUAAAUUUGUGUAAGUUUGGCCAACUUGAUGUGCAAGUCUUUAUAUUGCCAAGUUUUCCUGUGGUGGCUGAAUAAAAUAAAAUUUAGUGGGAACUUGACCUUGGGGGUGAAUGGGUGGUCGUCAUUGGAUGUGGAGGGGAAGACGUGUUGGAUACAGUCCCAAGGCUAGUCUCUACUCUGAAUUUAGGUAUCAGGCCAGCCCCAUCUCUUGUGAACAUGAGCAAAAUCUCAUCUCAGUGGGAGAGACCUUUCCCCAUGGGAUGUCAUCAUGAGAGCCUGAACUCUGUCUAGUGCCCUGGUCCUAACGCAAUCCCUGGCCAAUGACAACCAAACCUGGGAUUGGGAGGUUCAGCAGUGACAGCAGUAGAGACACAGAAGACAGAUUUCUGUGGGGAAUGAGGUGCCUGCUAAAAAAGUUUUCUUAGGUGUAAGAUAUUUUUGUGUAGAGAAGUCUUAUUCCACUUUUCUUCCCUCACCCACUUUUCCCCUUCCUUAACCUUCUGUAUAUUUGUUUUUGUGGAAUCUGUGGGUCAGGGAACCUGUUGGCCCCAGUUUCCUAAAAGGUAAAAUUUAGAAGUUGGACUUGAUGUCCUUUGAGUGUCCUCGCAGUUCCAAAUCUGUGAUCAUAUAGUGAUACCUAAAUACCUACUUGACUUGCCUAGUGUGAGGUCUGGUCUCCAAAGAAGGUUAGCAAGAGGUAGUAAUUUUGCCAGAUUAUUGUGUAUUGUAACAUCUGGGCUAACAGAAAAGGCUUCACAUAUACAGAAGUGUGUGAUGUGUGUGUGCUGUUUAGCAGUAAUUAACAAGGUCGAUGAGAAUAUAGCCAGUGUUUUCUGUUAUGUAAGGUUCUGCCCUUCUGCCAUAUACUGGACCCAAGAACACCCCUGUCAGAUCUUAAUAUAGAUGUUACUCCUUAAGUGUUUGGAUGUUUCUUCACAGCCGUUUAUUUAAAAAACAACUCAUUUACAUGUCCAUACCGUAAUAGGAGACGUCUCGUCAUAAGAUUCUGUGCAAAGAGGCGGCCAAGGCAGCUGCCUCAGUGGCCCUUUGGGGAAUGGAGUGCUUACUGCAGGAGGAAAGGGGCCAUACAAAGUUCCCUGAACCCCAGCCGAGCUCAAGGCAAGACACUUCCCAUCACGUUGGUGUUUUGUUUAGGCAGGAUGUUUCCCACACUGCAGGUGUAUGUGCACAAACAUUUAAGUCAUCAGGUCAAAAUGCUUUUAACUGGCUAAUGCUGAGAACAAGAAAACCAUUAAUUCAUUUAAUUAGGUUUUGUGAUUCUGUUGUGUAGGAUAUAGUUCCAUUGUUAAACCUUAUUCUUUGAGUACAAACUUGACUGUAUGAAAGUAGUGAAUAAAGUAAGCUCCCUGAGGGCAGGGGCUGUUUUCAUUUUUGUCUUUGUAUGCCAAGGGCCUAGCACAUUGUGCUUAAUAAAUCUUAGUGAAACACGAUAAGCAUCGUGAGAAAGAAUAAUUCAGAUGAAUGCAUGGUAAGAAAUGUAAGCAAUAUUGUGAUUUUCUAAUUGUUAUCUGUUGUGGAUAUUGGCCCAAAUUUAGUUUUUAGCUGUGAUAGGCACAGAAAUAUAUGGAAGGCUAGAGAAGAAGGAAGAUGUUUUGGCUGAGUUUGCUUUCCUACUGAAGGUCUUUAUCUCUUGCAAAGGCUACUCAUCUUUGCCAUAAGCUGGGGCAGAAGCCUGGGCACUCUGUAUUUUGGGGGCUGUCCUAUACCAGGACUGCUUGCUCACCUGCUUUUAUUAUGAUGGUAUUGCGCCAUAUCUCUUUUAUACAAGAAAAAACACUUCAGCUGGAGUGCCAGCAUUAUAAAGCUUAUGAGGAUUAUGCUGGUGUCCAGGGCAUUGCUUUUCUUGGUGAAGUAUUUCCAUCCUUGCUGUUUCAGCCGGUUCCCCUAAACAUAAGUACAGUGGUUACUACUGCUUAUGAGGAAGGUUUAGUCUUAGAAGAUUUUGCUCCAGUAAAGAUUGAAAUGUAAUAUGAUUUUAUUCUUGCUCUGUUCUGCAGCCAUUCAAAGCCGAUUCCAAGUGAAUAAGAAACUUGAAUUUGAACAGCCUCUUUUUGGAGAAUCUAAAACUUGGUUAGAUUUUAAAAUAAUUAUUUGGAAAAUUUUUUUUUAAAGUAUGCCUGAUUGUGACACAUUCUCUAUUGUCUCAUUUCCCCUCACAGGGAAAACACCACUUUGUAUUAAUAGCAUACCAGCCAGAAAAUUGAAUUAGCCCUCAGCAGAGUCUUGGCAAAGUACUUUCAUUGCAGAGAGGAAUCCCAAGUCUUGUAUCUAGCAGCACAAGUAAGGAGCGCUUACUUCAUGUCAAUAGUGUUAAAUGGCUGACCUUGUACUCUAGAGCAGAUCGAUCCCAACUUUACCUGUGUGAAGAUGUGAUAAAAGAGUAGCACAAAGUAGAUAACUUUUGAGGCAAUGAACCAGAUGGAAACUUCUGGGCAUCUGAAUGAUCUGUAAAGUGUUCACGUUGAUAGAACUGAAGAAAGCCCCUAGAAAGAAUACAAUAGGUUUUGGGAGAAGAGUCCAGCUUUCCCCCUGGACUCCCAACUAUUCAGACCGUCCCCUAGCCAGCCCUUGCUGCCCCCUUCAGUCCCAGUUUGAUGAACUCACCUUGCUCAGUACAUACUUUCAUCAAACAAAUAUACUUGGUCCCAAUGACUUUAAAAAGAAGGGAAGAAUGUGUAAACAUAAAGGGGAAAAAGUAAAAAGUGUUCCUAGUAUUUGUGCAGUGGGUUGUUUUCUCUGAUCACUACAGAAGGGAAAUCACAGCUAUUAAGGAAAAUGAGUCAAAGAACCCUUUCUCACUAGAAAGAAAGAUGGAAGCUGGAUAAGUUAAAAAAGAAAAGGCAGGAAAAAAUCUCUCUGACUCAUGUUGCAGUGCUGAAGUGUGAAGUGUAAGAGAAAAUAGAAAGGAUAGUGUGGUAAAUAGAAGCGUGUAAAGACUGAUGUGUAAAAAGUGAAACUUGUAUAUGUUUGAAGUCUUUUAAAGAAUUGAAAUAUAUUUUUUGCUCCCUAAGAAAACAAGUCUUUAAUAAAAGUGUGUAAAAUGAG